GCCUGCCCCCCAUGUGCCGGGCGAGCCCACCCGGCCACCUCGCCCGCCCAGCUGUGUCCAGCAGGGUGGGCAUGGAAGAGGGGCAGACCGUGGUGUAGAGUGAGGUGGCGUGGGCGCAGAGCAGCCUGGGGAGGAGAGCCCGGGGUGGGAAAGGCCCUCGGCCAGUGGCCGCACUGCCCAGCCAGGGACACCCCGCCUGAUGUCCUCAGGGUCCUGAGCCCCCACUCCCAGGGCUGUGCUCCCUUCUGGACCCUGAGGGCGGGGGCAUUGCUCCCACCCCAGGUGAAGGGCUGGGGGCAGGUGGAGCUCCUGGAAUCUGCCAGGUUCCUGGGCCACAUCCAGCAGCCGCCUUUGGAGUGACCCCGCCUCCCGGGCCCUUCCCUCGGGGGCUCAUCCAGACAGCACAGCGAUUCGCACCUCACAUGUGUCUGUGGCUUCCCCUCAACCCCAACUGCUCAGAGGGAUGGAGGGUCAGGAGGAGGGGGCAGGAAGGGUCCUCCUUCAGACCAGCGCCUGGACCCCCGCCACCCGCAGGCCUGCCGUGCUGCUCUCCUGGGCCAGCAGCCCCAGGACCAUGGACAACAGAACCUGCGGCCAGGAGAAGCCUGGCAGCGCCCAGGUCCUCUACACCUACACGGGCGCGCUCCUCGUGCUGGGCCUGCUGCUCAACGGCUGGGCACUCUGGGUGCUGUGCCACCGCCUGCAGCGGUGGACGGAGACCCGCAUCUACAUGGCCAACCUGGCCGUGGCCGACCUCUGCCUGCUCUGCGCCCUGCCCUUCUUCCUGCACUCCCUGAAGAGGAAGAGCCCCACGGACACGCUGCUCUGCCAGCUCUCCCAGGGCGUCUACCUGGUCAACAGGUACAUGAGCAUCAGCCUGGUGAUGGCCAUCGCCCUGGACCGCUAUGUGGCCGUGCGGCACCCGCUGCGCGCCCGUGCGCUCCGCUCCCCGCGGCGGGCCGUGGCCGUGUGCGCGGCACUCUGGGCGCUGGUGGUCAGCUCCCUGGUGCUUCGCUGGUUCCUGGGGAGGCAGGAGGGCGGCUUCUGCUUCUCCAACAGCUCCCGGCAGAGCUCCUACACCACCAUCUUCUCGCUGCUGGGCUUCUACCUGCCACUGGCCGUGCUGGUCUUCUGCUCCCUGCAGGUGGUGGCCACCCUGGCCCCGAAGCCAGCGGCUGACACAGGCCAGGUGGAGUCCACCCAGAAGGCCGCCCGCAUGGUCUGGGCGAACCUGGUGGUGUUCGUGGUCUGCUUCCUGCCCUUUCACGUGGUGCUGACCGUGCAGGUGGCCACGGGCCUGCACUCCUGCGCCCUCCACCUCGCCCUUGACGUCACUAGCAAACUCUCGAAUGCCAACUGCUGCCUGGACGCUGUCUGCUACUACUACAUGGCCAAGGAGUUCCAGGAGGCGUCUGCGCUGGCCGUGCCCCCCAGUGCCAAGGCCCAUAAGAGCCAGGAUUCUCUGUGUGUGACCCUGGCCUAGGAGAGGAGCCACGGGCUCCCGGGAAGUGCUGCCCACCGGGGGAGCCUGUGGCCAGCAACAAGGAGCCCCGGGAUCAGCCCUGACCUCACUGUGGGCUGUGGGCACUCUCAGGAGUCCCAUGUGGUCAGGACAAUCCAGGCGUGGAGCUUGGGGAGGUGACACCCCCACCCCUGGGGUAGAGAAGGGACAGCGAUAAGGGCAGGAGGACUGGGGCCUGAGCACGGCCAACCCUAGGGACCCCUGGACGGGGCUGCACACCUGUUGUGCCUAGAACUGGGUUCACCUGCGGCACAGGGGCGGGUGCCUGCUGGGGGCCGUGAGACCCACAGGGCCAGAAUAAAGCUCUUCUCCUGGGCUGUGUGCAGGCCACUCA